AUGGAGGAGGCCGCUGGUGAAAUUUUCAGGGAGGCGCUUGAGAACGAACAUUUUCAUCUUGAAGUUGCUCUGCCUCCAGAAAAGACAGAGGGAAGUUGCAGUGGUGAUGAAAAGAAAACAGAGAAGGAAGCUGAUACACACACAAAUGCCAAGAAGCAGCUAAAAUUUGAGGAAUUGCAGUGUGAUGUGUCUGUUGAGGAAGACAACAGGCAAGAAUGGACCUUCACACUCUAUGAUUUCGACAACAAUGGCCGAGUCACCCGUGAGGAUAUUACGAGCCUGCUUCAUACCAUCUAUGAAGUCGUUGAUGCUUCGGUAAACCAUUCACCCAACUCUAGUAAAACCUUGAGGGUUAAACUCACUGUGGCCCCAGAUGGGAGCCAGAAGAAGAAAAGUAUCAUGCUGAAUCAUGCUGAUCUUCAAAGCUCAAGGCAUCGAACAGAGAGCAAAGCUGGUGAAGAAGCAAGAAGCUGUGACAAGAAGCCAAGGGGUUCCCUCAGGUACCAUCAUGGUGAAUCUAAGCCUGAAUCUAAUGGGUGCUAUCAUCACUGUGUGGAUGAAAACAUUGAAAGGAGGAACCACUACUUAGAUCUGGCAGGAAUAGAAAACUACACGUCGAAAUUUGGGCCAGGCUCUCCACCGGUAGCUCAGAAGCACAAUCCAACUGUUCGGGUUGCCAAUCAAACAAGAUCCCGUUCACACGAGCCAGAGGUCUUCCAUGCCCACCAGCGGAGGUCACCUGUGGUCGAUCCUGUUCAUAUCAACUUAAUGGAAGCUUCAUAUGCAAAGCUUACAGAAAUUCAGCAGAGGCUGCGGAGUCAAGAUGCCACCAGGCAUUUUGUAAAGUCUCCCAAGACUCAAAGCAAAAAUACAGCUUCUGUUCACACAGGAAGGGCUAUGAGGAGUAAACCCAUCCAAGGGGUAUCAGUACCCAUGGCUUCCCCUACUGCACGGAUAGGCCAAAAUCUACCUUACCACCCCAUACAGUCUCAGCAGACUUACAAGAAACAUAAGCAGAGGGCAAAAGAGACUCACCAGUUGUGCAAAACCUUCCAAGCUCCUGGGACAGUUGUGGAAAAAGAGCAUGUCAGAGAUCUGCCUGCCGUCAUCUUAUAUGAAGGUCAGGUUGGGCAGAUGAUCCAGAGACAUGAGCACCACCACCAUCAUGAGCACCACCACCACUAUCACCACUUCUACCAGACAUGAAAUGGACCUUCCCCUCUCUCUCUUGGGAAACUAUCCCACAUGAAGGAAGCGUGUUGUGGCCUCUCGGGAAAAGAUUGGUGUUGUCCUUAUUCAUGUUAGUAUUGUUGCUAUAACAUUAAUAUUCUGCUAAAGCUAUGUUAGAACUUGUAUGAAAACACUAAAAAAUAACGGUGAUAAUAAUAAUAACCUAACAUUAUUUAUAUUAUGUGGAACUGUAUCGCUUACUUUAAUAACUUGUGGUUUUUAUUAUUUUUAAAAGAAUUGGCUUGUUCAACACACACACAUAUGAGAAAACAGCCAUAGUUAUCCUUAUGGGAAUCUUCACAUAAACUCUCCAUGUAUUCAGAGAACACAUGAAAAGAUGUGUAGGACUAGUCCACUCCAGAACUAUACAUUGCUUUUUCUCCUAUCAAAUGUCAUCAGAAGUUUGUAAGAAGUUCUCCAUGUUUAUGUGUGAAGAUCUCUUAUGUUCAAGGAGAAUUGCCUCCCAAUCAUGGUGCCUCCUUGAGUGUAGAAGUUCUCUAAGCAAAACUCUGGAGAACUUUCCACUGAUGGGUGAAUGGGAUUGUGGUGGUGGGAAUGGAUAGUUGAAUGUACAGAUUGGUUCAUACAAAGACCCCUGUGAUGAGCUAUGUUUAAAAUCAGUUUCUUAAGGGCCUUCACUAAAGCAUGCUUUCCUUUGUGAUACUGGAGCAGAUGCUUUGAACAAAUGGUUAGACACCUAGUUUAUUGCACAGGUUCGCUCACCUCAUGCAAAUCUGUCAAUCUGGGGAGCAUUGUUCAGAGAUUCUGGACUUCAGAAAUACAAAAUAGUUGCUCCCUCUAGGAGAAUUCAAAAAUUCUUAUUUGAUUGAGUGUGCUGCCAGAAAGGAAGGAUGAUGGAACCCGGGAAGCGAUUUUUUUACUUCAUUGCAUUCAUGUAGCCUGCUACUAUUUUACUGUUCACUUCCUUGCUAGCUCUACCUUAAUACUAGCGAUGAGGAAAUGGUUCAUGUUGCUCAUCAACAAAGCUACAUUGUCCAAACGUUUAUUGUUUCCAGUUUUUUAAUGGCCACCUUUAUAGGUUUCUUUAUAUGUUAGGUCAUUUUUAAACAUAUUUUUCUUUUUUCUUGUCAUGUUGGAAAACCAUGGGAACAAUGUACUCUUGUUACCUUUAGAUUAGAAGGUCUAUAGAAACUUGUGUCCUGGCAACAGAAAAACAUGGUCAAUCUUGGAGUACAGCAGGAGAUCACCUCUGCUGAUUGUCACUAUUCCUAACAAUAGAUAGCAAGGGGUUUCUAACAUCCCUUAUGGUACUUGUGAUACUGGAAGGUGAAUGGCCUUCCCUUUCCACCAUGUUGAUCUGAGAUGACAUCAACAGGUGACUUGCUCUUGAUUUCAGAUAACUUUUGCUGGUCUCUUCAGGGUUCCUCUGACUACAAAAUUCUCAGAUGAGACUGAGGAUCAGGGCCAGAAUGGCCAGAGGCCUUUCUUGAAGUUUGUUGUAAAAACUAGUAGUGUAUUGUGGUCACCAGUGACCAGGGCCACAAGUGUCAUAUUGGCAUACCAACUUGACAAGAAAUGCCUAGCACAGAGAUGGGAACCUAUAUAAGAUGUUGCUGGACUUCAUUCCAUCACAUUUUUCUCAAAGGACUUCUGUUCCUCAAACCAGGAGAAAUCAAGAUAAAAAGCAGCCUUCCCCUAUCCCAUGUUCCCUUCUAGAUGCAUCUGACUAUGAUCCCCAUCAUCCCCAGCCAACCUAGUUGUGUGCUGCGCUUUCAAAUCUAUUCAGUUUUAUUCAGCAAAACUGAAGGAAAUAGGAACCAACUAUUUGGGAACAGUUAAGACUCAGCAGCUGGGAAGUUCCAGCCAAACGCUUUGCACACACCAGUUCCAGAUUUAAUCUCUGGCUCUUUCCUUGCAUGGGACUAAAAAGAAUGCCUGUCUGAACUUCUGGAGAAUUAAUGUUAAUCCAGGUCAACAGUAAUGGGCUGGAUAGAUCCAUGGUCAGACAUGAGUUUGCACUCUGCACUAAACCAAAGUGCAGCUUGAUGUUUGUGUUGUAGCUUAUCUCAGUCCGUGACCUCAGCCAUUGAGAUUCAUAUGUUGUCAUGGUUCAUGGUUUAGCAUUAUGUAUGUCUCAGGCCACGGUGGCCUAUCCAGCAGACCAUGGCUUAGAAUUCUGCUGAACCCAGCCGCUAUUCUAUGUUCUGCAGUUCUUGUUCCACAUGUGAGAUGGAGGUAGGACAAUAUGAAGAGAAGCCUACCAUACAUUCCUUUCUCCUUACCACUCUGGUGAGGCCAUAAGGCUCCAUGGGUCUAGCAAGAGGGGUCCUGUAGGCAGAGCCAUCCCCUUUAAACACCUGGUCUUCCCAUUAUAAAUUAGUUGCUGAGUAGAAUAGAGUAGCUGAAAGGGAAAUGGUGUUAAGUCUGUUCCUCAGAUUAUACAAGGGUUUUGUUUUGUUUUGAGUUUUACAAGACAGUGAAAGGGGGCUCUGGGUUCCUUGGCAAAAGUCACCUCCUCCCCCCAUUCCCUCUGGCUAUAAUAUUGAUUUUUAUUUUUUACAACCAGCAAGAAACCCAGAGGAUUCUCUUGUUGCUUUUGAAACUAUAGAGGAAACUUUGACCACCCAUGUGGAAUUAUUUUUAAAACAAUAUUUGAUUUGGUUUUUUUUUUUU